GUGGUCGUUUGAAUUUCAAAGCGCCUUCCGCCGUCGUUGUCGUUGUUGGGUUCUUUUCUUUUUGUAGCGCGAUAGAACUGCGUCGAUUGUUGUGGUUGUUUUUUGCGGCGAGAGAACAUUUUCUGCAUACACGUUCAGCCGCUCACGUUUCUGACACGUGGACAUCAUGCAAACGCAGUUGCACAAGGAUGUGGUGAAGAACAUCACCACCGCCUCUCAGCUGGAAGGCGAGCUGCAGAUCUCACAGGCGCAGCACGGUGUGGCGGUGCUGGACAUCUACAACGCCGAGUGGGGUCACUGCAAGGCGCUCAGCGAAACCUUCCGCCGCCUCUCCACGGAUGCUGGCGACAUGGUCCACCUCCGCUUCUUCUCCGUGGAAUGCAACGCGGUGCUGAAGAGCCUGCGCACCCCCGACGAUGCCAAGGCGACGCCGCGCCCAAAAGGGAUGGAGUUCUCGCACGACACGCUCGGUGAGUACUGGUCGAAGAUUCUGGAGCAGCGGCAGAAGCAUUCCAAGCCCUACUUUGCCUUUUACAAAGAGGGAAAGAUGCGCACACACUUGGAGGGCAUCGACACCCCAAAGAUUUGCCGCAUCGUGCACGACCUGUGCAAGCAGCAGAACGCAGCGGCGGAGUACAUCGUCAACGCCGACGUGCUGCGCUUUUGGGAGUCGAACUUCUCCCCGUCGGAGAGCGAAGUCGGCACGAAUGAGUUCGUGCACGCCGCGCGCGCGCUGCUCGGGGCUGAGGCGGCGGACAUGACCGGUGAUGAUAUGGCCCACCUUACGGCGGCGGUACGUGGCGGCGGCGGCGGCGAGGUGGUGUCCGCCUCCAGUUUGCAGUCUUUUGUGGGGCCCAACCGGAAGUUGAAGGCUGCGUUGCUGGCGGUGGUUGCGGAGCGGCGCGCCGCAGCCGGCGCCACUGCAUCCUCUCCACCUCCACCAUCGCCGCCACCACCGCCAGCCCCUGCGGCGGCGACGGAGGAGAAGGAAGAGGAGUUGGACGCUGCUCCGCGUGCUCCUUCGCCGAAGCUCGAGGACGUCGCGCCCGAGGAACAGACGGAGAACGCACCAGAAGCGGACGG